CUCCAACUCAGCUCAACCCAGCUUCCGCGCUGCACUCUACGAAUCCACAUAACAACACCAACAACCACCACCACACCUACACCUACAACCACGACAUCGACCUACCCUACAAUCUCCAUCUCCACCUCACCCCGAACUCCGACCUACAAACCCAAACCAGCAAAACCCCCCCGAACAACUCCCCCAAAAUAAACCCAACAACUCAACACCUUUACUUGGAAGAACACAGCAAUGUCCUCACACCACGAACCCCCCGCCUUCGAACCACGACAACCACAACAACCACAACAGCCAUCUCAACAAUCCCAACCACAAUCCCAAUCCCGAGAAGAACCCAAACAAAAACUCCCCAUCCACACCAACCACUGCCGCUACUGCAACCACCUCCUCCUCGCGACAACCCGCGAGAUCCCGACCCUCCCGCGCCGCAAACCCCCAGCCCAGGAUGCCGCACUGAUCCUGCCGCUGCCCCGCGCGGGGGAAGAGGAAGAACUCGACGACACCAACACCCCCAACCCCGAGAACGACGCCGCCGCCGCCGCCGCCAAGCAACCCCAGCCCCACUACACGAUUCUCCUCUCCACCACCAUCCCCGACCGGAAACCCACCGUGGUGCGGCGGGAGGAUGGUUUCGAGAAGCGCCGGCUGCUCCGGUGCGGACGGUGUCGCGUCGUGGUGGGGUAUUUCUUGGAUGCGGUGCAUUUUCCUUCCGGGGGUGUCGGGGAGACGGCAGAUGAAGAUGAGGAUGAGGAAGGGAAGGGGCAGCGGGCGAAGGUGGUGUAUCUGCUGCCGGGGGCGUUGAUGGAGACGGGGGUUAUGGAGGCCAAUGACGUGGAGAAGUUGAGGGCGAUGGAUCGGGAGUGGGCGGGGUGGAUGGAGAGUUCGUGAUUUCCCCCAAAGGGGGAGAUGCUGUUCCUACUGUUUUACGAAGCACACGUUAAAAACUAUAUACAGUUCCACAGGUUGGGAGAUGCUGUAAUUUGACAUAGACUCAGGGUUU